UUUUACAUGAAAAUGUUUUUGGUGGGAAUGGGAUACUGUCACAAGUGCUCUGUGCUCAUUAAAUAGAACAAUAUGGCACCGGUAACGGGAAAGUAUCAACAUUACAAGAACGAAGACAUUGAUGACUAUUUUAUUGCUGUAGGUGUUCCAUUCAUUGGAAGAAAGAUGAUGUCAAUGUCUUCGCCUCUGAUGGAAAUAACUCUAGAUGGAGAAACCAUGACAAUCAAAAAUUCAUCAUUGCUUAGAACUGUUGAGCACUCUUUUAAAUUAGGUGAAGAGUAUGAAGAGAAGAUGCCAAACACCACUAUCAAAAGUGUAACCACCAAAAUAAAUGACAAUGAAUUCACCACCCAGUCUGUUAUACCAGAGACAGGAGAGAAAUGUGGGAGACAUUAUUUAUUCACCGACGAUGAGUGUAUCAUUACAUUAACACAUGAAAAGGCUCAAAAAGAUGGAAAACGAUACUUCCGAAGAGUAACAUCGUAAUCAUCUGUACUUACCAUGAGUAUUUUUAAGUGAACUUGGAAUCUUAAAUAAUUUUUAUUUUUAUAUAUUUUUUCUAUAUAAUUUGUUAUUAUUUUAUACCAUGCUGAUUUUAUUUAUUUAAAAGGGAAAAAGGGAAUUAUUAUACAUCAUUAUUAUGAUA